AUGGGUUUGUUCAAGAGUGUUAAAAUUGAGCAUAGGAGAAGCUCUUGUAGUAGUCGUGAUGGUCAUCAUCAUGAUAAUGAAACUGAGAUGGAUGAAAUAAAUUGGGGUGCUCUUGAAAGGCUUCCAACAGUUGAAAGGGCCCACAUUAGCUUUUUGCAUGGUGUUGCUGGUGAUUUUAAGGAGAUUGAUGUUAAACGACUUGACUUUUAUGAGAGAAGGGCUUUGUUGAAUAAAUUGGUUACAAAUAUGACUCAAAAUGAAUUGUUCUUGCACAAAAUCAAGACUAGGUUUGAGAGGGUUUCCCUGGCAUUCCCAUCUAUAGAAGUCCGGUUUCGGAAUCUGAAUGUAGAGACCUAUGCUUAUGUGGGUAGUAGAGCUUUACCCACAAUCUACAAUUCCUUGGUCAAUAUGGUUGAGGGUGUGAUAAACUUUCUAAAAAUACAACCAAGUCAGAAGAGGAAACUGCAAAUUCUGAGUGAUUUAAAUGGAAUUAUCAAACCUGGCAGGAUGACUUUACUUUUAGGGCCACCAAGCUCAGGGAAGACAACCUUAUUAUUAGCUUUAGCUGGUCUUCUUGAUUCAGAAUUGACGGUUUCUGGAAAAGUGACGUACAAUGGACAUGAGUUUGAUGAAUUUGUUCCUCAAAGAUGUUCAGCUUAUGUCAGUCAAAACGACGUUCACAUCUGUGAAUUGACUGUUAGAGAAACGUUAAGUUUUUCUGCCACUUGUCAAGGACUUGGUUCUGCUUAUGAGCUCCUCCUGGAUCUACUCAGAAAAGAAAAAGAAUUAGACUCUAAACCUGAUCCAUUACUUGACGUACUAUUAAAGGCAUCAGCUAUGGAAAAACAAAGAAGAAAUUUGUUCACUGAAUAUAUUCUUAAGGUACUAGGAUUAGAAGAAUGUGCCGAUACAAUAAUAGGAGAUCAAAUGACAAGGGGCAUAUCUGGAGGCCAAAAAAGGCGAACGACAAUAGGGGAAAUGAUAGUUGGUCCAACAAAUGCGUACUUAAUGGAUAGCAUAUCAGUUGGCUUAGACAGUUCAACAACGUAUGACAUUAUUAAUUCAAUCAGGCAAUCUGUACACAUCAUGCACAAAACUGCGUUGAUCUCUCUACUUCAACCUCCCGCAGAAACAUUUGAGCUAUUUGAUGACAUUAUUCUCAUGUCUGAAGGCCAGAUCGUAUACCAAGGUCCUAGGUUUUAUGUUCUUCAUUUCUUUGAAUCUUUGGGUUUUCGAUGCCCUCAAAGAAAACCGGUUGCCGAUUACUUGCAAGAGGUUAUAUCAAGAAAAGAUCAAGCACAAUAUUGGGCAAGAGAAGACGAGGAACAUGCUUAUGUUUCAACUAAGCAAUUUGCUGAUAAGUUCAAGGAAUUCCAUAUAGGAAUAGCCCUUCAAACUGAGCUCAAUGUACCAUUUGAUAAGUCUAGAAGUCACCCGUUUGCCUUGACAAAGACUAAAUUUGGAACCAACAAGAUGGUUAUACUCAAAGCUUGUGUAUCUAGAGAAUUCCUUCUUAUGAAAAGGAAUUUCCUAGUUUUUUGUUUCAAGUUAUUACAACUGGGAGUUCUUGGAUUGGUUGUUGCAAGUGCUUUUUGUGAAGAUAAAAAACAUGAUGAUAGAAUUGAAGAUGGAACAGUACAAAUGGGAGCUUUGUUCAUUCUACUAGUCACCAUUAUACUUUCUGGACUUGCUGUUAUACCUAUGACCAUUAACAAGCUUCCAGUCUACUAUAAGCAGAAGAAUUUUCUAUUUUAUCCUUCAUGGGCAUAUUCAUUUCCUUCAUUGAUCCCUGGAAUGAUUUUUUCAAUGAUUGAAGUUCUCAUUUUGGUUCUCACUACUUACUUUAUCAUAGGCUUUGAUCCUAACUUCUUCAGGUUCAUAAAACAUGGUUUUAUGUUGAUACUAUGCGGCCAAAUGUCGUACUGUCUCUUUAGAUGCGUAGGAGCUGUAACAAGAGAUAAUUCUAUUGCAAAUGUUGUUGCUAACCUUACAACUAUGUGGCUCGUCAUAUUCAGUGGUUAUGUCCUAACUAGAGUGACAAUGAAGAAAUGGUUAGUUUGGGGUUAUUGGACAUCUCCUUUAAUGUAUGUCUAUAAUGCUAUUUCUGCAAAUGAGUUUCUUGGCAAAUCAUGGUCUAAAAAUCAUCUUUUAGAUUCAAACGAAACAAAAGGGGUGUCCAUCCUGAAAUUUCACGGAGUAACUCCUAAUCCCAACUCGUAUUUGGUGGGUAUUAUAGCAUUGAUUGGAUUCAUUAUCCUCUUUGCUUUGCUAGCCAAUCUCGCGCUUGCUUAUCUUAAACCAUUUGGACAAUCACCCUCAACAGCUUUUAUUACCAAAGAAGAAGAAGAGAAAACAUCUACCACUGAAGAUACAACACAAAACCGUAGUAAUAGCACAGGCCUAUCAUUCACACCUCUUUGCAUGACUUUUGAAGACAUCAUUUAUUCCGUUGAUAUGCCAAAGGAGAAGAAAGAAAGGGGCAACCCAAAUGAUCGGUUGGUACUACUGAAUGGAGUAAGUGGAUGUUUUAGACCAGGAGUUCUAACAGCAUUAAUGGGAGUCACUGGAGCAGGAAAAACCACACUAUUAGAUGUUUUAGCAGGACGGAAAAACACAGGUUAUAUGCAAGGAACCAUCAAAGUUUCAGGCUAUACAAAAAAGCAGGAUACUUUUGCUCGAGUUUCCGGAUAUUGUGAACAAAAUGAUAUACAUUCUCCUUUCAUCACUGUCUCUGAAUCCAUCGUCUUCUCUGCUUCUCUUCGAUUACCUAAGGACAUCAACUCUAAAGCAAAACAGAAUUUUGUGGAGGAAAUCAUGGAACUGAUGGAGCUUACACCAAUAAAAGAUGCAUUAGUGGGACAAGCAAAUGUAAAUGGGUUGUCAGUAGAGCAAAGAAAAAGAUUAACUAUAGCAGUAGAAUUGGUUGCAAAUCCUUCCAUAUUGUUCAUGGAUGAGCCAACAUCAGGACUUGAUGCAAGGGCAGCUGCAAUUGUCAUGAGAGUUGUCAGAAAUACAGUUAACACUGGCAGAACUGUUGUUUGCACCAUUCAUCAACCUAGCAUUCAUAUCUUCGAAUCUUUUGAUGAGCUUUUUCUCUUAAAGCAAGGAGGCCAUGUUUUAUAUGCUGGUCCUAUUGGCUAUCGAUGUGCUCAGCUCAUCACUUACUUUGAGCAAAUCGAUGGCGUACCAAAGAUAAGAGAAGGACACAAUCCUGCAACAUGGGUGUUAGAAGCAACAACAAAAGCACAAGAGGAGCGAAUAGGGCUGAAUUUUAGCUAUAUUUACUUAAAUUCUGAGCUUUACAGGGCAAACAUGAGAUUGAUUGGGGAGUUAAGCAUACCUCCACCUAAUUCAGAAGAGCUUCAUUUUGCAACAUCAUAUUGUCAAUCAUAUUUUAUACAAUGGAAAACAUGUUUAUGGAAACAAUACAAGUCUUAUUGGAGAAAUACAGCUCAUAAUGGUGUUAGAUUCGUCAUCACCUCCGCCUCUGCCUUCAUGUUUGGGAUUGUCUUCUUCCAAAUUGGUUCCCGAAGGGAUACACAAGUUGAAGUUCUUGGUGGAAUUGGUGCCAUUUACAUAUCGACGAUGUUCAUGGGAGCACAAACGAGUACAAGUGUAAUGCCAGUAAUGAGUAGUGAUAAACUGGCGUUUUAUAGAGAGAGGUCUUCUGGUUUAUACUCUCCUAUUCCUUAUGCUUUGGCACAGGUAGCAAUUGAGAUCCCAUAUGUUGUAGCACAAACAACAAUAUUCGAGAUCAUAGCGUAUGCAAUGAUGGGGUUUGAAUGGUCAGCCAUGAAGUUCUUCCAAGAAUAUCUUUUCAUGUUAUUAUCACUAUUAUACUUCACUUACUUUGGAAUGAUGGUCUCAUCAAUCACACCUAAUCAAGAAACAUGCUCCAUUUUAGCUAGUUUCGUUUUCUCCUUGUGGAAUCUCUUUGCUGGUUUCGCCAUCCCUAAAAAGAGGAUUCCGGUAUGGUGGAGAUGGUAUACAUGGGUGUGUCCAGUAUCAUGGAGCAUGAAUGGGUUGGUAAGCUGUGAAUAUGGAGACAAUACAGAGUCCAAGCUUGAAAGUGGGGAGACAGUUACCCAAUUCUUGAUGGAUUAUUUUGGGUACAAAUAUGAGUUAUUGGGUAUUGUAAUUGCUGUUUUGGUUGGUUUCAAUCUGCUCUUCAUCUUUCUUCAUUGCUUCUCCACAAAAAUGUUCAAUUUCCAGAAACGAUAGCAACCUAAUUAAGUUUGAAAUUAUGUCAAAUUAAGCAUAAUUCGUAUUGUAAUAUGAAUUAAUUAGUAGCGUAUGUCAAAUUUAGCUCUUUCUUAACAUGAUGCUACAUUGCACCUUGGGCUUGUAAGCCAUUUGCUUGAAAAAUUAGAAGAGGUAGAGUUUUUCAAAUGAAAUUUGUCAUGUAAAUUAACAAAUGUUGUAGGCUCAGAUUUUAUGAGAAGAGGUUUUAUACAGCCAUAUCUAAGGUUUACAUCAGUAUUCAGUUGUUGCUAUAAUCUAUGGGUGUUGCUAAAUAUCGCCACUCUUUUUAUUUUAUCGUCACCCCUAACGAAAUUAGUAUUUUGCCCUUGAACUUUAAAAAAUUACAAAACUGCCACUGGACUUAA